ACUUCAACUUCCUCCUGCUUCUCAACUGGCACUCUGACACACCCUCAGAAAGUCAGAGUACUGGGAGAACAGAAGACUUCACAAUUUAAUGCCUUAGUUUUUAAAAAAGGAUCCUUACACUCAUGUCUCCUAGCCAUCAGAAGAGGAAUGAGACAGCAAAAGUUCAAAUGGCCUGUUUCAAGUUUCUGAUAUAAAACGAUGACGUUUUCAGGAAAAUCCUGCAUUUCCAGAGAGAGACUGGCUGGUUAAAUAUCUGAAAGAGGACACUGGCUAAAAGAAGGUAUUGCAUCUCACCUGAGCAGAUUGUGUCUGUGGAAAGUGUAAGCCCCUUGCCAGAAGAGCAGCUUCCCAGCAAAGGCAGAGGGUGAAAACAGCAAAGGUCUUAAGACACUGGGGACCUAGAGUCAAAAGGGACCUCCUCCAGGGAAAACGCUGUGUGAGAAAUGGCCUCAUUCGGUGACUGUGAGUGACACAGCAGAAAGUUGGGUCAUUCUGGCUGCUUUUUUGAGAAGUCCCUGAAGAGAUCAAUAACAGCAAGAGGGAACCUGGCAAGGAAGCUAUUCCUAUAAUCCAGGAAAGAGAAGAGGAAGGCUUGGACCAGCUGGUAGUGGUGUCAGGUAGUCAAAUGCUGGGUAUAUUUUGAAGAUACACCCCAUAGGAUUUGCUCUACAUUGAAUGUGGAAUGCUGGAAGAGAGAUAAAGUGUACCUGCCACAUACUUUUUGAGGUUUAUUUAUUUUCUUAGAAGUAAGUACACAAAGAGAUGCUACCUAGGAGAAGGGUAUUCUUUUCACUAUUCUUUCAAAUUUUCUGUAUGUUCGAACAUUUUCAUAGUAGAAAGUUAGGGGGGAAAAUCUGUUUCAUAAACAUUUCCUCAGCAGCAGUCCAGUCUAUUGCAUUUUAAUCGGUUGUGAUAUCAUUGUUUUAUGCAAUACGUUCUCAACAAGUAUAUCCUCUGGCAAACUGAACAAGGACCAAGUCUGUUCUGCCUACAGCUCUGCUUCCUCAUAGCUGCUUUCCAGAACGUGACUCUUGCAAAUUAUCAAGAAAGGGGAACUAAUCUAAGGGAUCCAGAUCAAACAGCCUCAUGAAGACUUAUUUUAUGUUUCUAAUAUAAAGAUAGAAGUUUUCAGAAAAGCCCUGUUUCAGCUACACAGAGGAUCAGAGCAGGGGUGGGCCUGCUGGGCUGCAGCUGGGAUUCUGAGCAUCCUUUCCUGGAGGCACGGAAAGUGAGUGAGUGAGCCCAGUGAGGUCUAAGUGGGGGCCUGAGAAUUUACAUUUCUAGCCAGCUUCUAAGUGAUGCUGAUGCUGCUGGUUUGGAGACCACACCUUGAGAACCACUGCUGUUGGUCCUGUCUGCACAAUAGAUGCACCAAGGCAAAUGUUUAGAAGUACUAAUGCCUGAAAACCCCACCCUCACUCCCUCAACCAACUAAUGCAGUCGCAGGAAGAAGUUGAAGCUUUGAUAUGAGUAAACAAGUAUCUCUACCUGAAAUGAUUAAAGACUGGACGAAAGAGCAUGUGAAAAAAUGGGUAACUGAAGACCUUAAGAUUAAUGAGCAAUAUGGGCAAAUUCUGCUCAGUGGAGAAGUAACAGGAUUAGUCCUGCAGGAAUUAACUGAGAAGGACCUUAUAGAAAUGGGGCUACCAUGGGGUCCAGCACUUUUGAUAAAACGUUCAUACAACAAAUUGAAUAGUAAAUCCCCUGAAAGUGACAAUCAUGAUCCGGGACAAUUAGAUAAUUCAAAACCAUCCAAAACAGAACACCAAAAAAAUCCAAAACACACCAAAAAGGAAGAAGAAAAUUCAAUGUCAUCUAAUAUUGAUUAUGAUCCCAGAGAGAUCAGAGAUAUCAAACAAGAAGAAUCAAUUCUUAUGAAAGAAAAUGUGUUAGAUGAAGUAGCAAAUGCUAAAGACAAGAAAAAGGGUAAGCUAAAACCUGAACAAUUGACUUGUAUGCCAUAUCCUUUUGAUCAGUUCCAUGACAGCCAUCGCUACAUAGAACAUUAUACUCUACAACCUGAAACAGGAGCACUCAAUCUCAUUGAUCCAAUACAUGAGUUCAAAGCUCUCACAAACACAGAAACAGCCACGGAAGUGGACAUUAAGAUGAAAUUCAGCAAUGAAGUCUUCCGAUUUGCAUCAGCUUGUAUGAAUUCACGCACCAAUGGCACCAUCCAUUUUGGAGUCAAGGACAAACCCCAUGGAGAAAUUGUUGGUGUGAAAAUCACCAGUAAGGCUGCCUUCAUUGACCACUUCAAUGUAAUGAUCAAAAAGUAUUUUGAAGAAAGUGAGAUCAAUGAAGCCAAGAAGUGUAUUCGGGAGCCAAGGUUUGUGGAAGUCCUUCUGCAGAACAAUACACCAUCUGACAGAUUUGUCAUUGAAGUUGAUACUAUUCCAAAACACUCUAUAUGUAAUGAUAAGUAUUUCUACAUUCAGAUGCAAAUUUGUAAAGAUAAAAUAUGGAAACAAAACCAAAAUCUUUCACUGUUUGUAAGAGAAGGGGCUAGCUCUAGGGAUAUCCUGGCCAAUUCCAAGCAACGGGAUGUAGAUUUCAAGGCAUUUUUACAAAAUUUAAAGUCACUGGUAGCAUCUAGAAAAGAGGCUGAAGAAGAGUAUGGAAUGAAGGCAAUGAAGAAGGAGAGUGAAGGACUAAAGCUGGUUAAACUUCUCAUAGGAAACCGAGACUCACUGGAUAAUUCAUACUAUGACUGGUACAUUCUUGUAACAAAUAAAUGCCAUCCAAACCAAAUAAAGCACUUAGAUUUUUUAAAAGAAAUGAAAUGGUUUGCUGUGUUGGAGUUUGAUCCUGAAUCUAUGAUCAAUGGAGUGGUCAAAGCUUACAAAGAAAGUCGGGUGGCAAACCUUCACUUUCCAAAUCAAUAUGAAGACAAGACAACUAACAUGAGGGAGAAGAUUUCUACUCUUAAUCUUUACCAACAGCCCAGCUGGAUUUUCUGCAAUGGCAGAUCAGACCUGAAAAGCGAGACAUAUAAACCUCUAGAACCACAUUUAUGGCAGAGAGAAAGAGCUUCAGAAGUCAGGAAACUAAUUUUAUUUCUCACAGAUGAAAAUAUAAUGACAAGAGGAAAAUUUUUGGUAGUGUUUCUAUUACUCUCUUCAGUGGAAAGCCCAGGAGAUCCACUCAUUGAAACUUUCUGGGCUUUCUAUCAAGCUCUCAAAGGAAUGGAAAAUAUGUUGUGUAUCUCUGUAAACUCACAUAUUUAUCAACGAUGGAAAGAUCUACUACAAACAAGAAUGAAGAUGGAAGAUGAACUAACAAACCACAGUAUUUCCACUUUAAAUAUAGAACUGGUAAACAGCACUAUCCUUAAACUAAAAUCGGUGACUCGGUCAUCAAGAAGGUUUUUGCCCGCCCGUGGAUCUUCUUCAGUUAUCCUAGAGAAAAAGAAAGAGGAUGUCUUGACUGCACUGGAAAUCCUCUGUGAAAAUGAGUGUACAGAGACAGACAUCGAGAAAGACAAAUCUAAAUUCCUGGAGUUUAAGAAAUCAAAGGAAGAACACUUUUAUCGAGGUGGCAAAGUAUCCUGGUGGAACUUCUAUUUUUCUUCUGAAAACUAUUCUUCAGAUUUUGUUAAAAGGGACAGUUAUGAAAAGCUUAAAGAUUUAAUACACUGCUGGGCAGAGUCUCCUAAACCAAUAUUUGCAAAAAUCAUCAAUCUUUAUCAUCAUCCAGGCUGUGGGGGUACCACACUGGCUAUGCAUGUUCUCUGGGACUUAAAGAAAAACUUCAGAUGUGCUGUGUUAAAAAACAAGACAACUGAUUUUGCAGAAAUUGCAGAGCAAGUGAUCAAUCUGGUCACCUAUAGGGCAAAGAGCCAUCAGGAUUACAUUCCUGUGCUUCUCCUCGUGGAUGAUUUUGAAGAACAAGAAAAUGUCUACUUUCUACAAAAUGCCAUCCAUUCCGUUUUAGCAGAAAAGGAUUUGCGAUAUGAAAAAACAUUGGUAAUUAUCUUAAACUGCAUGAGAUCCCGGAAUCCAGAUGAAAGUGCAAAAUUGGCAGACAGUAUUGCACUAAAUUACCAACUUUCUUCCAAGGAACAAAGAGCUUUUGGUGCCAAACUGAAGGAAAUUGAAAAGCAGCACAAGAACUGUGAAAACUUUUAUUCCUUCAUGAUCAUGAAAAGCAAUUUUGAUGAAACAUAUAUAGAAAAUGUAGUCAGGAAUAUCCUAAAAGGACAGGAUGUUGACAGCAAGGAAGCACAACUCAUUUCCUUCCUGGCUUUACUCAGCUCUUAUGUUACUGAUUCUACAAUUUCAGUUUCACAGUGUGAAAUAUUUUUGGGAAUCAUAUACACUAGUACACCCUGGGAACCUGAAAGCUUAGAAGACAAGAUGGGAACUUAUUCUACACUUCUAAUAAAAACAGAAGUUGCAGAAUAUGGGAGAUACACAGGUGUGCGUAUCAUUCACCCUCUGAUUGCCCUGUACUGUCUAAAAGAACUGGAAAGAAGCUAUCACUUGGAUAAAUGUCAAAUUGCAUUGAAUAUAUUAGAAGAGAAUUUAUUCUAUGAUUCUGGAAUAGGAAGAGACAAAUUUCAACAUGAUGUUCAAACUCUUCUGCUUACAAGACAGCGCAAGGAGUAUGGAGAUGAAACAGACACUCUGUUUUCCCCAUUAAUGGAAGCUUUACAGAAUAAAGACAUUGAAAAGGUCUUGAGUGCAGGAAGUAGACGAUUCCCACAAAAUGCAUUCAUUUGUCAAGCCUUAGCAAGACAUUUCUACAUUAAAGAGAAGGACUUUAACACAGCUCUGGACUGGGCACGUCAGGCCAAAAUGAAAGCACCUAAAAAUUCCUAUAUUUCAGAUACACUUGGUCAAGUCUACAAAAGUGAAAUCAAAUGGUGGUUGGAUGGGAACAAAAACUGUAGGAGCAUUACUGUUAAUGACCUAACACAUCUCCUAGAAGCUGCGGAAAAAGCCUCAAGAGCUUUCAAAGAAUCCCAAAGGCAAACUGAUAGUAAAAACUAUGAAACCGAGAACUGGUCACCACAGAAGUCCCAGAGACGAUAUGACAUGUAUAACACAGCUUGUUUCUUGGGUGAAAUAGAAGUUGGUCUUUACACUAUCCAGAUUCUUCAGCUCACUCCCUUUUUCCACAAAGAAAAUGAAUUAUCCAAAAAACAUAUGGUGCAAUUUUUAUCAGGAAAGUGGACCAUUCCUCCUGAUCCCAGAAAUGAAUGUUAUUUGGCUCUUAGCAAGUUCACAUCCCACCUAAAAAAUUUACAGUCAGAUCUGAAAAGGUGCUUUGACUUUUUUAUUGAUUAUAUGGUUCUUCUGAAAAUGAGGUAUACCCAAAAAGAAAUUGCGGAAAUCAUGUUAAGCAAGAAAGUCAGUCGUUGUUUCAGGAAAUACACAGAACUUUUCUGUCAUUUGGAUCCAUGUCUAUUACAAAGUAAAGAGAGUCACUUACUCCAGGAGGAGAAUUGCAGGAAAAAGCUAGAAGCUCUGAGAGCAGAUAGGUUUGCUGGACUCUUGGAAUAUCUUAAUCCAAACUACAAAGAUGCUACCACCAUGGAAAGUAUAGUGAAUGAAUAUGCCUUCCUACUGCAGCAAAACUCAAAAAAGCCCAUGACAAAUGAGAAACAAAAUUCCAUUUUGGCCAACAUUAUUCUGAGUUGUCUAAAGCCCAACUCCAAGUUAAUUCAACCACUUACCACGCUAAAAAAACAACUCCGAGAGGUCUUGCAAUUUGUAGGACUAAGUCAUCAAUAUCCAGGUCCUUAUUUCUUGGCCUGCCUCCUGUUCUGGCCAGAAAAUCAAGAGCUAGAUCAAGAUUCCAAACUAAUAGAAAAGUAUGUUUCAUCCUUAAAUAGAUCCUUCAGGGGACAGUACAAGCGCAUGUGCAGGUCCAAGCAGGCAAGCACACUUUUCUAUCUGGGCAAAAGGAAGGGUCUAAACAGCAUUGUUCACAAGGCCGAAAUAGAGCAGUACUUUGAUAAAGCACAAAAUACAAAUUCCCUCUGGCACAGUGGGGAUGUGUGGAAAAAAAAUGAAGUCAAAGACCUCCUGCGUCGUCUAACUGGUCAGGCUGAAGGCAAGCUAAUCUCUAUAGAAUAUGGAACAGAGGAAAAAAUAAAAAUACCAGUAAUAUCUGUUUAUUCAGGUCCACUCAGAAGUGGUAGGAACAUAGAAAGAGUGUCUUUCUACCUAGGAUUUUCCAUUGAAGGCCCUCUGGCAUAUGAUAUAGAAGUAAUUUAAGACAAUACAUCACCUGUAGUUCAAAUAUGUUUAUUUAUAUCUUUAUGAUUUUAUUCUCUCUCUCUAUUCUCAUGGCACUUUCAUAACAUUAUGGCUAACCUCUAAUUACAGAUUUUGCUUUUGCCUCCCUGAAUGAAUUACAAGCCUUUUUAAGAUAUGAAAUAUGCCUACCCGCAGAGCUUGGCACAAAGUGGAGUCAAUCUUUUAAUGUUUUAAAUAUGCAUUUUCAGACUCAAAUAAUUAAGAAGUUUCAUUGAUAUCCACUGGUCACAUCAUAACUGUUUAUAGGGCAAUAAAAUCUGUGUUAAACUCAAUUGCUUUUAUAAGUUUUCUAAAUUAUUUCUUCACUGUGACAGCAAAGAUUUAAAUAAGAUGAAUGUAAAAGAGAAAGCUUAUUGGACUCAAACCCACAGAUCCACACCAGAGUUCUAUUUACCUCAUCUUGGUAUCAAUAAAAACUUAUGUGGAAGGUAAAUAUAUUGUUCCCCAUCCUCCACAUAACACUCUCCCCAACACACACACACACACACACACACACACACUCCUUGUACCCCUUGCCCUUCUCCCAGCUCAUUGCUCCAGGAGAGAGAAGAGUUCAAAAAAUAAAGUAAUCAUAAACUUGAACUCUCUCCAUUCUCUUGUUCCCAUCUACAGGUGAAUCUCUUCCUUUAAGCCAUUUUUGUCUCCUGUGAAUACAGCCUUAUCUCCACCUGUUUCUUAGAUCCCAUCUCCCCUGGCUUAUUUUUUCCAUUCAUUACCCUCUUUGUUCCCUUUACUUCUCAACCUGUGCUAUAUACAUGCUGUUCUCUCUGUUGAGAUUGCCUUAUUUCCAUCUAACAUUCUCUCUCCUGCUAUUCUGAUUUGUCAUUCACAACUGAGUUCAAGAGUCACCUUCACCAGGAAGUCUUCAUUGACCACCAUCAUUCCUGCCUGAUUAGAGGGCUUCCUCAUGGUAAUAUGUGUCCUCAAGUUUUCAGUGUCAAGGAAUGCCAUCCCAGAAGCUCAUUCUCAGACGCACAACAGCCAGAACAGUCUCAAGCAGCAUUCUAGAGCUUGGAAUUUAAGAACUAUGCAUUGCGUAUAAAGUGAAACAUAGGCUAAUAUAGAUUAAAUUGAAUAUUGAAUAAAAAUAUGUUUAUUUAUCCACA